GCAGCAGUACUCUCCUGCACAGUCUCAAGCAACCAUAUAUUAUCAAGGACAGGCUUGUCCAACUGUCUAUGGUGUGAUGUCACCCUAUUCACAGACAACUCCACCAAUUGUACAGAGUUAUGCCCAGCCAAGUCUUCAGUACAUCCAGGGACAACAGAUUUUCACAGCUCACCCACGAGGAGUGGUGGUACAGCCAGCCACAGCCGUGACUACAAUAGUUGCACCAGGGUAGCCUCAGCCCUUACAGCCACCUGAAAUGGUUGUGACAAAUAACCUCUUGGAUUUACCACCCGCAUCUCCUCCCAAACCAAAAACCAUUGUCUUACCUCCCAACUGGAAGACAGCCCGAGACCCAGAAGGGAAGAUUUACUACUACCAUGUGAUCACAAGGCAGACUCAGUGGCAUCCUCCUACUUGGGAAAGCCCAGGAGAUGAUGCCAGCCUUGAGCAUGAAGCUGAGAUGGACCUGGGAACCCCAACAUAUGAUGAAAAUCCCAUGAAGACCUCAAAAAAGCCUAAGACAGCAGAACCAGAUGCCUCCAGUGAGUUGGUUAAGAAAAGCAAACAAGUAUUCAGAAAAGAGAUGUCCCAGUUCAUCAUCCAGUGCCUGAACCCUUACUGGAAACCUGACUGCAAAGUGGGAAGAAUUACCUCAACUAAAGAUUUCAAACACCUAGCUCGCAAGCUGACUCACGGCGUUAUGAAUAAGGAGCUGAAGUACUGUAAGAACCCCGAGGACCUGGAGUGCAAUGAGAAUGUGAGACACAAAACCAAGGAGUACAUUAAGAAGUACAUGCAGAAGUUUGGGGCUGUUUACACACCCAAACGGGACACUGAAUUAGAGUGACCUUCAGGGCCAGGGUGGGAGGACGGGCAAGCGGGUAGGAGAGACUCUGGGGAGAAGAAAUCCCGUGGGCCCUCUCUCCCCACCCCACUGUCAGGGCUGUGCUACUGAUGACACAUCACCCUGGGGAAUUCAAACCUGCAGAAUGAGCUCACAAAAAUGAGCUCCAUCUACAACAAGCGGUCCCUGGUUGUGAGCUGCUGGUAGAGGCCAUCUGAGGCAAGGGUUUAGGCCCUUGAGACCUUCCCUUCUGAGACCCCGGCCAGGCCUGACCCCACUCUCAAGGCUGGGCCUCCUCCUUGGCGGUGCUGUCAGCACACAGACUCAUGCGCAUCCCCACCCACGACCCCUUACCCUGACGAUCUGUAUUAUAUUUUGAUGUCUAUGUGAAUAUAUUGAAAAUAAUUUGUCUUUCCUGGUUUUUGGCUUUUGUUUUGCUUUUAAGUCUCUGCAUUCUAG